AUGACAUCGGGAGACAAUUCCUCAAGCACCCCUACAUUGGAUGACGUCGACAAUUGUGUUACGGUAAGAGCAGUCAAUCAGCGUAACAUUUAUGAAAGCACAGGUGGUACCGAGCAAAGUGUGAGUAGUCUCGAAAAUGUUGAGAAUGACAAUCAACUAGAGAGGAAGAAGAGAGCGAAGACAUCAGUUGUGUGGUUAGAAUUUACGGAGGUGGUUCUCCCUGGUGGUCUAAGGAAGGGAGAGUACAUUCAUUGUAAAACAAAGUUGAAAAUCAGUGCCAGUGGAAGCACAACACAAUUCAACAGACAUUUGAAAAGGUGUGCGAAGAGAAUAGCUCACUUGAAGCAACAACAAAUAAAUUUCCCCCCUUCCAAUUCUCAGGGUGGCUCUAAUGUCCUACCUGCUCUACGGGGCCAAUCCAAUAUGCUAAAGAUGAGGGAGUUUAUUACACAUUGGGUGCUAAUGCAUGAGCAUCCAUUUUCUAUUGUGGAGGAAGAGGGGUUGAACAACAUGAUGAAGUACGGGAUUUCUGAAUGGAUUUUGAUAUCCCGUAAUACUUUUAAGAAUGAUUGCAACCAGAGGAUGGAAUACAUGGUUUUGACUAGGCAUUGGAUUGAUAAUAAUUGGAAGUUUAAUAGAUGGGUUUUGAACUUUAUUCAUUUCCCUCCUCCCCGUUCUGGUGUUGCCAUUGCUGAUGCAAUUUUCAAGUGUUUGAUGGACUGGGGAAUUGAAGCUAAGGUCCACACGAUAUCGGUGGAUAAUGCUUCAAGCAAUGAUGUUGCAGUUAAAGUGUUGAGAGAUAAUUUCCAAGCUAUGGGGAAGCUCAUAUGUGGGGGCAAGAUGUUUCAUGUGAGGUGUUGUGCACAUAUCUUGAACCUGGUUGUUCAAGAUGCUCUUUAUCAGAUUAGACACAUUUUUGAGGACAUCCGUGACACCGUGGCGUAUAUCAAUUCAUCGGAGAGUAGACUAAAGGUGUUUGUAGAGCUUGUUCAACAGCGCCGAUUGCCAUUUCGCAAGUUUAUUCUUGAUUACAAAAUGCGAUGGAAUUCAACAUAUGAUAUGUUGACAACGACAAUGCAAUUUAGGCGUGUUUUCCCUUGUUUGAAGAAGAGGGAUUUGAGUUAUCAUUAUUGUCCCAAGGAGGAGGAUUGGGACAAAGUUGAGAAAAUUUGUCUUAUUUUGAAGGUGUUUAGUGCUGCGUCGAAUUUGAUAUCGGGGAGUGAUUAUCCGACAUCAAACUUGUUUCUAAAACAAGCUGAAUCACGGGCAAAUAUGGAUGUUGUUCAAGAUGCCUUGUAUGAGGUAUAUAGGGAGUAUGUUGAUGCCAGUAAAGCAUUGACAACUGCCCGCGCUUCUGCUUCUACAGAGGGUGCAGUUCAGGAGGUUGGUGAGGGGUCAGGGGCAGCGGCAGAGAUGGCAGAUGAUUGGGAUGAUUUUAGUGAGUAUCUGGAUGUGGUUGAGACAGUUGAGCCAACGAAAUCAGAGUUAGACUGUUACUUGGGAGAGGGAUGCCAUAAAUGUGUUAGGGACGCCACGACAUUUGAUGCUUUGACCUAG